AGGCGACCCUGGCGUCACUAGUUGCCACUGAAACUAGAAUUUGAAAUAAUUUCACAGUCUCACGUGGAAGAGUGUAACGUUCGAUAAUUGGAACAUGUCAAAAAAAUUCAAGGGACAUAACGCGUUCUAUUUCUUUAUGCUUGAUUGGGGAAAACAAACUAAAUGCCAAAAAAGUUUAAAGGAGAUCGCAGCUGAUCCCGAAUGCAGCAAAACAUGGAAGGACUUGUCACCUCAGCAGAGGGGAUAUUAUGAGAGUAAAGCAAAAGAUAGUAAGGUGGAAAGCCAAGGAACGAUGGGUAAAAAAACACUAAUGGGUGAAAGUAUAAAAGAUAAUGAAGAAAUUGAGAAAAGAGAGAUAGAAUUUCAAGAAAAAAUGCAUCAUUAUCUAAAUUCUAUAGUUGCUAUGGGUAUGAAACAUAAGAACUUGUCUAAAAUAAAAUUCAUGUUAAUACAUGUGAAUUGGUUUUACAGAAGAGAAGUAGGAAUUAAUAAAUAUGAAUUUUGCCCUGCAGAAUUUGCAAUAGCAGAAUUUAGCUUAGAAGAUGGCAUUCAAAACGUGUAUCAUGAAAUACUCAAUAUGAAAAUACCAUUAGGAUGGAGAAGAGAUGCAUUGGAAACCAGUCAGCAAACACACCAAAUACCUAUAGAACUUGCAGAAGGCCAAAGCGAUUUUUCGCUGAUGUAUGAUAAGUUGAUCCAGUUUUUAGAACGUAACAAGACUGGAACUGAGUUUCCACCCAUCUUUACAACCAAAGAUGUAACUCUUGCUGUAAAAUCACUCCUGUUAAAAAUGACUGAUGCUGCCAAUGAGUGUCCAAAUUUUUCAAUAUAUUCAUUAGAGGCUUUGUUUGGAACAUUGAGAAAUGCUGCUGCACAAAAUGUAAAGGAUUGCAAUAUACCGCUUGUUGUUGCUGAAGUUGAAUUUAGAAAGGACAUUUUCUUUUCGAUAUGUGGUCUUGAAUGUGAGUUCCACAAAAUUAUGGAUGGCACAUCACAAUACUGCAGUCAGUCGAUAGUAAAACGGUGGGGUUACACAAUAUGCGAUUAUUGUUGUGAAUUUCUGGAUAUAAAGAUGAUUGAGGGUAUACAUUGUCCAAUUUCGCAACCACUAUCCUUUAAUCAAAGCAUUAUUGACAAAGACACAGCUAAUAUUAAUAUACAACUAAAGCAAUUAAACAUCGGUGAUAAGAAAAAUAUUUUGAAACUUAAUGGAGUGUCUGAGGACCACAGAAGAAAAGUGUCUGAACGAAGUUACAAAGAUGAUCAGCGGCGACGUAACGAAUCCAAACCUAUACAAAUAAUCGAUUACAAUACAUUAAACGCAACACGAUCAUCGAGCAACCCAAUUCUAAACAUUCCAUCACGACCUUUGCGCUUACCAAAAACUAAACCACACGCUUACGAAGAUAUGGAGGAAAACAAUGACUUGCUUAACGACACCAAUUUUCCACCACUUGGAAGAGGAAAAGGAGCAGUACCAAAAAAGAAAUCUUUACAGACAAAUCUUCCCCUUUCUUUAGGAAAAGGGCGUGGAUUUCUCUAAACGUGCUUACUGGACCUUCCUACUUAUACAAUAAAAUCGGAGUUUUUAUCAUAUUUUGUCUUAAAGUGUAUGUAAUAGCAGCAUUGUUAUAUAAUAGUACCUAGCAGUAUAGACUUACAUGAACCAACUCAUGUAUAUUUCAUUUUAAAUACAUCAUAUGCACUACAAUCUUACAAUAAAUAACAA